GCUGCUUGGAAAAACAAAGUGAGGAAUUACUUAACUGUUAUUUAAAUCAAAAAUAUAAGAGUGCCUGGAACAUUAUAAAAUGUCAGAACAAAACAAUACUCAACCGAACCCAGAUCCUCCCCUAAAAGAUGUUACUUCUUUUCAAAGAGAGCUUCCUCCGGAUAUGGAUAUAUUUCGGGAUAGUUUUAUACGGUAUAUGGGUUAUAGCAACGAAAUUGGGGAGGCAUUUAGACCGCUGGUGUCUAAAUCACUUGUAGCUGCAUCCUAUGGAAUGGCCAUCGGAUACGUUUGCACAGAUACGUUCGACAAGUCGCUGCGUCUCCGGAUGAACGGUGCCCCCACACGGGAGGUGCUUGUCAAGGGCGGUGAUGUUUUUUCCUGGCAGAUGCUAGCCUCUGUAACGAUUCCCGGUCUAGUUAUUAAUCGGAUUACCUGGGCCACCCGCCUUGCGAUGAGGCGUGCCCCUGUUGCUUUACUCAAGACUGUACCCACCCUGGUGGGCCUCGCUAGCAUACCACUGAUCGUGCAUCCUAUCGACAAACUUGUGGAUCGUGUGAUGGACGCCACAUACCGUCAGUACAUACGGUAGUGAAGACUUCACACAGUACCAUAAUCUUUUAACAUAGCCCCUGGUGAUAGUUAUUAUAAUUAUUAAACAAUUAUUAAAGUGUUUUAGAAACC